AUGAUUUAUUCAAAAAGGUUUGGUAUAAUUGGAUUAUUAGUGCUGCUUUCUUUAUUAUAAGUCAAAUGUGUUGAUAAAUGCAUUGAAUAUAGAACUUUUGCUGAUUGCAUUGGUAGUCUUGAUGAUUAAUGUAUAAAUACUUAUUAGAACUAUUAGGUUUUUGGGAUACUGAUAUUUGUAAUUAUACAAAAAAUUUAGAACUUGGUUGUUCUGAGCUAUUAAACCAAAAAGCAUGUAAUAAAUAGUUGGCCUAUGCUUCAGGAGAAUUAGCUCAAUGUAAAAUAUAAAUUUUCACAUAGGUAUUUUUACUCAAAAGUGUUAACCAAUAGAAAAUUUGAGUUAAAUUAAUUGUUAAGAUAGCCUUUCUAAGCAUGGAUGUAUGGCAAUUUAAAAACCUUCAGAGUUGUGUUAAUGGAAUGAAAACACAUACACUUGUGAUUAUGUUUCCCAAACUGAUGAUCUCAAAGAUUUUUCUAAUAAAUUAUAUAGUGCAUCAGUUUGUGGAAAGAUAGAAAGUAAAAAUCAUAAACUAGUUAGACUAUCUCAUAAUACAUCAUACUUUAUUGUGGAAACUUACUUAAUAUAAGCCAAACUUUGUUUUAGAAUCAGAACGACUAUAUAGAAAAGAUUUAGGAUUACAAACAGAAGCUGAUAAUAAAAUAUAUGAUAAUGGAACUUUAAAAAAUAAUUAUGUAAAUAGUGCAGGUUACUUUUAAUGGUAUGAAUUAGGAUAACCCCUUGGAAGUGGAUUAAGCAAUUGUAAAAAAUAAUUUAAAUAUAGUGAAAAUUAGUGACAGAUAGAGAGAAGGCUGCAUAGCAUUAGAGAUUGUAGAUGAUAGUGAUUAUUAAAUGAUAUUCUCUUAAAAAAUAUCAGAAGUAGGUGUCAAUCAUAUUUAUUGCAGAUAUAUAAAAGGAAUCUUUACAAAUUCAAAAUGCCUUCAGAUAUCAGAUGAAUUACAAUUGUAAGACGACUAAUUUCUAUAAAAUAAUUUUAUCCUUUGCAAAUAUAUUGAUAGAAGUAGAUGCACAUAUGUUGGUUUAAAUUGUGUUCCUUAAUCUUUAAAUUCAGAGGGACAAGAAAAAGAAUUUACAUGUCUUGAAGGUAUAAAUACUCAAAAAAGUUCUUGUAUUUCAGAAUCUUUAGAUUCUUUUAGAAAAUGUAAAGGUUUAUCUGGAAAUGAAGGAUGUUAUUUAAAUAUCAAAUAAAGUCCUCCUGUUUGCAGUUAAGAAUGUGUUACAAAUCAAGAAAGUUUAUGUAAUAUUAGUAAUUGUAAUUGGACUUAAGAAUCAAAUGAAUUUAUUGGAUGUGUCCCAAAAUUAGGUUGUAAACAACCAGGAAUAAAUAAACAUUAUUGUAUUAAUAUGAGACUCUUAUGCUCUUGGGAUAAUACAAAUUAAUAAUGUAGAUAACUUUAAAAUUUCAAGCUAAAUGUUUUUAAUUGUAAUGAGGUAAUAUCAAAAUUCUCUUGUGGAUCAAUACGUAAAAUGGGAUAAGAAUGCAUUUGGCUUGAUAAUGAGGAAAAGUGUAUAAAUGUAUUAGAAGAUCAGAAAUUGAAAUUCUUUUAAUCUUUUCCUCAAAAAUAUGUCGUAAAUAGAUAAUUAUGUAUGUAUUCUAAAGGCUAGAGAAAGUAUGUGAAUAUGAUUUGCUAAAAAUAUUAAACAGAUAACACUUGUGAAACAGAAGAUAGCAGUUCUUUUAAUUAUGAAUUAUGUUUAAGUACUCCAAAAUGUUAAUGGGAUGUAUUUUAUGAAAAUUGUAAGCCUUUAAUUGCUUAAAAUAAUUGUGAUGCAUUGAUAAAUGUUUCAUCUUCUGCAUGUACAGCUUUUACAAACUGCAAAUACAAUUCUCAAACAAAGAGUUGUCAAACAUAAUCUACAAAUAUAACUUGUGAUGAUUAAGGAAUAAAAAAAGAAAUAUGUCUUAGUUUAUCAAAUCAUCCAUGUAAGUGGAGUAACGGCGCUUGUUCAUAAGUUACUUAAUUUAAUCAAUAUUGUACAUCUUACAAUAAUGUUUCUUAAAAAGUAUGUGUAUUAUAAUCAACUGAAAAAUGUCAAUUUUAUUAAAACAAAUGUAUUUUAGUAGCAAUAGCCCCAACUACAUGUGAAAUUUAUUUUAAUAAAUAUUCUUGUUAGUUUAGUACAGAAUCUUGUUAUUUCGCUGGAGAUUAAUGUUAAAUUUUAAAUUCUUCAUCCUAUGAUAAAUUAACAUGUGAAGGUUUUUAUUUAAGUAAAAAGGCAUGUUAACAAAUUACUAAAGCUAAUGAAAAAUGUUCAUGGGAUGGAUAAAAAUGUGUUUAUUUUUAAUCUACUUAACGUUAUAAUUGUUUAAAUGGAACAGCCAAUAGUCUAGCAGGUUGCAUUAGUAUUAUUUCUCCAGUCCCAAAACAAUCAUUAGAUGAAUACUAUUGUUCUUAUAAAAUUCCUGAUAGGCUUUGUACUUCUAUUGUAUCCUCUACAACCAUUGCAGCAUGUGGAAAUGCUAAUUUAAUAUUAAAUUAAUAAAGUUGUUCAUAGCAAACGCUUGGAAAUUGUAUAUUUUUUGAUUAAAAAUGUAAAGUUGAACCUUCUGAUUCAUAAUCAAAUAGAUAUUGGAAUCAUCUUUUAAAAAAAAUAGAUUGCGAAUAGGCUAAUAAAAAUACAUGUUCAAAACUUAAAAACAGUUUAUGUUAAGUCACUUCAAAUUUUUGUUAAAAAGUAAUUGAUCCAAAAUUAGCUUGCUUAUUUCCAGCAAACAUUGUAACCUACAACCCUAUCUAAUAUUGUGCUAAUUCUAUUUAUAAUGAUAAUACAUUUUCUGCUGAAGUUCGAUGUAAAAUCAACACAGCUUAGACUAAUUGUGAAGUUCCUUCAAACACUAGUUAUUAUGCAUGUGAUGAACCAGGAAUAAAUAAAAUAAUCUGUUUUGAAGCUACCUACGGCUAAUGUGCUUUUAUCAAUGGAAAAUGCACAUCUGACCUAUCUAAAGUAACUUCUUGUAAGGAACUGAAUAAACUAGCUUGCUUAAACACAAAUUUAUAAUGUGGCUAUUUUACCAAAAACUGUAUAUAAAAUGGUUCUACACCAUUAUGUCCUGCUGAAAUUAAAAAUAAUUCAUGGUUUUUAUGUUCAAGCAUGGAGAAAUGUUAUGGCAUUUUAGGUGGUUGUAAAUAGAUCUCAACAUCAAAUACAAUUCAUCUAAAUUGUGAGAAUCCAGGUCUAGGAAAAAGUGUUUGUGAGUAAUCAUUACAGAAUUGUGUAUUUAUUAAUGGUGUUUGUAAGAGAAUUUCAAAUAAAUAAUGUGAAUAUGAAUAUACAAAAGAAGACUGUGUUAACAAUCUAUAUUAUAAUUGUGUGUUUAAUGAAGGAAAAUGCUAUACAUAAAAUUUAUUAGUUAAAUGCGAUAAAUAUAAUUUUACAAAUUAUAAAUUCUGCAGAUAAUUUCCUUAAUGUCAAUAUAUACAUAACUAAUGUAAAGAUUUCACUUUGCUAAGCCAAGUAUAAAAUGAUAUGAUUCAAUAUAAUAAAGAUUGUAAUGUAUUUGAAAAUUAAUUUGAUUGUUUGAGUUAAUGGUAAUUAAUUUGUAAAUAUUCAAAAAAUUCAGGAUGUGCGAAUACGAAUGAUAAUCCAAGUGAAUGUCCACAUUUAUAAUAAUAUAGUAAAAUUAUGUGUUAGAAAUAUGAAAAUUGUGAAUUUUAAUUUGGAUAUUUUUGCAUAGAUAAAACCAAAAGNUUAAUAAAGUUGUUCAUAGCAAACGCUUGGAAAUUGUAUAUUUUUUGAUUAAAAAUGUAAAGUUGAACCUUCUGAUUCAUAAUCAAAUAGAUAUUGGAAUCAUCUUUUAAAAAAAAUAGAUUGCGAAUAGGCUAAUAAAAAUACAUGUUCAAAACUUAAAAACAGUUUAUGUUAAGUCACUUCAAAUUUUUGUUAAAAAGUAAUUGAUCCAAAAUUAGCUUGCUUAUUUCCAGCAAACAUUGUAACCUACAACCCUAUCUAAUAUUGUGCUAAUUCUAUUUAUAAUGAUAAUACAUUUUCUGCUGAAGUUCGAUGUAAAAUCAACACAGCUUAGACUAAUUGUGAAGUUCCUUCAAACACUAGUUAUUAUGCAUGUGAUGAACCAGGAAUAAAUAAAAUAAUCUGUUUUGAAGCUACCUACGGCUAAUGUGCUUUUAUCAAUGGAAAAUGCACAUCUGACCUAUCUAAAGUAACUUCUUGUAAGGAACUGAAUAAACUAGCUUGCUUAAACACAAAUUUAUAAUGUGGCUAUUUUACCAAAAACUGUAUAUAAAAUGGUUCUACACCAUUAUGUCCUGCUGAAAUUAAAAAUAAUUCAUGGUUUUUAUGUUCAAGCAUGGAGAAAUGUUAUGGCAUUUUAGGUGGUUGUAAAUAGAUCUCAACAUCAAAUACAAUUCAUCUAAAUUGUGAGAAUCCAGGUCUAGGAAAAAGUGUUUGUGAGUAAUCAUUACAGAAUUGUGUAUUUAUUAAUGGUGUUUGUAAGAGAAUUUCAAAUAAAUAAUGUGAAUAUGAAUAUACAAAAGAAGACUGUGUUAACAAUCUAUAUUAUAAUUGUGUGUUUAAUGAAGGAAAAUGCUAUACAUAAAAUUUAUUAGUUAAAUGCGAUAAAUAUAAUUUUACAAAUUAUAAAUUCUGCAGAUAAUUUCCUUAAUGUCAAUAUAUACAUAACUAAUGUAAAGAUUUCACUUUGCUAAGCCAAGUAUAAAAUGAUAUGAUUCAAUAUAAUAAAGAUUGUAAUGUAUUUGAAAAUUAAUUUGAUUGUUUGAGUUAAUGGUAAUUAAUUUGUAAAUAUUCAAAAAAUUCAGGAUGUGCGAAUACGAAUGAUAAUCCAAGUGAAUGUCCACAUUUAUAAUAAUAUAGUAAAAUUAUGUGUUAGAAAUAUGAAAAUUGUGAAUUUUAAUUUGGAUAUUUUUGCAUAGAUAAAACCAAAAAUUUAAAUUGUUCUUAAUUAUCUGAAUCUUUGUGUUUAUAAGAUAUUUCAGAUAAUUUAGCUUGUUAUUGGGAUGGCACGGAUUGUUAAGAUGUAACAACUUAAAUAUGUUCUGAUGUUUAAUCUUUUACUAUGAAUUAUGCUGGAUGUUAUAAAAUUAGUAAUUAAGAUUCUAAAAAAUGUAUGUAUCAAUUUUUUACUUCAAAAUGUAAAAUUCUAAAAGAAAUAAAUAAUUGUUCUGAUUUCACAACUAAUAUUGAAUGUGCAACUAGAGCUAAUGCCUCUUGUUUAUUAGGAAAUCCAAUUGAUACAGUUACUACUUGUACUUCAAUUUCUAAUACUUUUAAUAUUAAUUUAAAUUUAUAUGGAUGCAUGCAAUUAACUACAAAUGCUUAUUAUUAUGAUAUUUAUAAUUAUCAAUGUAAAUUACUUGAUUAAGCCAAUUAUGAAAAUGUUCAAGGAUGCCGUUAUUUAAAUAAAAAAGCUUGUAUUGAAAUAACAAGUGUGAUAUUAAAUAUUAACUGUGGAUGGAUAGACAAUGAAUGUUAGCAAUUAAUUGAUCUAACAAAUUUAAAUGAUUGCAGUGUUUUAAAUAAAAAUAGUUGCAUUAACAUAGAAACUACAAAUCUUGUAUGUGAAUGGAAUAUCGCAAGUAAAUUAUGUUCCCAAUCAAAUUAAAAUGCUUGUUAUGUACCUUCGUCAAUUCCUACAAAUCCAACAAUUUUAUAUUCUUUAAGCUUGUGUAGUAAAGGAUCAAAUACUAAUGGAUGUAUGUCUAAUUCCUCAAAUACUGGAUGUGUUACAUUUAAUUAUGAAAUUGAAAUUUGUGAAAAUAUGGGAUUAAAUAAAAAAGCCUGUUUAGAAUAUACUACUGGAUACUGUAAAUGGUAAAAUAAUUAAUGUUAAAAUUCUUAAUUUGAUAAUUUAAAUUGCAAUUCUGAAGUUAAUAAAAAUACAUGUCUAAUUAUUAAUGAUAAUCUAUGUGAAUGGAAUGAUGCAAACAAAACUUGUUCCAUGAAAACUUUAAUUCAAUGUACUGAUGCUAUUAAUUAUAAUUAAUGUAUGAAUGUACCUAAUUAAUUAUGUGAAUAUACUGAUUCAUGUAAAAAUGUGGAAAAUAUUCCUAAAAUUUGCAAAUCAGGUUAUAAUAAGCAUAGCUGUCGAAACGUAACUCAACAAAUAUGUUAGUUUACUAAUAACUAAUGUUCAAUUUUAACAACAUUUGAUCCUAGACAGGAAUGUUCUAAAUAAUUAAAUUCACAAAAUUGUACUUUAUCUCCAUUUGGGUGUUUUUGGCAAACAAAUACUUGUGUUUUCAAGGAUUCUGCCUGUUAUUAGAAAUCAACUGAAAAUACUGAUUGUUACAGUUUCGAAUAUCCUUGCGGCUUAACAAAAUGUACCCCAACAAAACCACUUUCAUGUGUAUAGUUUUAUAAUAGAAUAGCUUGUUUAGAUUCUGAUUUUUUUUGUUAUUGGGAUAGUAUUAAAGGAUGUUUAAAUUAUUUAAAUACAUCUAAUAGCAUAGAUUGUAAAUCUAUAAGCAUAUAAAUAAACAAAAAAGUUUGUUAAUACUAUGCUCCUUUAGAUUGUGAAUAUAGAGAUUAUGUUUGUACUCCAAAUUUAUCAGACAUUUUUUAUGAACUUAAUCCUAAUUAUUAAGUAGAAUCAAGUCCAAUUUCUAUUUAAACUAAUUGUUCUGAUAAUUUAUCAGAAAUUGAUUGUGUAACAUCAACAUAAUUAAAAUGUUAUUGGAAUAUAACCUGCAAAUCUACAGAAGAUGAAACAAUAUCAUGCUCCUCAAAAUUAAAUCUCUUAGCUUGUCAACAUAUAGGGUGUUUAUGGAGAUAGAGAAAAUGUAUUUCCAAAGAUAAUUACAUUUUUUAGCCAAAUCCUAUGUUAGAUGAAUAAGUUACUGAAUGUACAACACCAUAUAUAUCUAAAAUAACUUGUUUAAAUAUAUAAAAUAUAUCUUGCACAUAUAAUGAAUUAAGUAAUUAGUGUAGUAAUGUCGUAUUUGCUGAUAAUAUAGAAUGCUCUAAUUAUAAAAUAGUCAAUAAAAAAACUUGUUAAAUGAUUCCUACUAAAUCUUGUACUUAUGAUUCUGAAUCUAAUUCUUGUUAAGAUUUUAAUGGAAUAAUUACUGAUAUAAGCCUAUUAUCAAAAGAAGCUUGUUUAUCACUUAAUUAAGCAGCAUACUGGAAUAAUGGAUGUUAUUUAACUGAUAGUUUUUAAUGUGAUUAAGUUUAUGAGGUUACUGAAGCCACUUGUAGAUUAGUAAAAACAUCUUGUCUUUAUAAUAAAGAAUUAAAAAAAUGUACCUCUGAAUUCAAUAUAAAUUCUUUGUUUUGUAAUUAACCAGGAUUAAGUUAAUAGGCUUGUACAUCAAUUUUAAAAGAGCCUUGCAUUUUUAUUAAUGGUUAAUGUUAAUUAUUAUCAUCUAAUUAUUUAUGCGAAUAAGCAAGGAAUGUGAAUGAAUUAGCUUGUGCAUCAUUAAAGGAUUCUUGUUAUUACGACAUACUAAAUAAAAAAUGCAAAACUGUAACUGAUUAAUAAGUCUGUUAAACUCCUGGACUCUCAAAAUCUGCAUGCUUAUUAAAUAAAUCUUGUGUCUUUAAUGAAGAUUUUAUGUAGUGCUAAUGUAAUAUAGUAGCUAAACCAAGUUUCUGUGCGAAUAAAGAUUAUAUUUAAUGUGUCGAAUAAGAAUUAUGCAUAUUUGAUAAUAAAUAUAAUUAUUGUAGAAGAAUGCGUUGUGAAGACUUAGGUUAAUUGGAAUGUUAAAAAUCUAAACUUAAUAUGGUCUGCUUUUUGAAUAAUAAUGUUUGCCAAAGUGCAAAUAAAUGCGAAGAUAUUGUCAAUAUUGAUCAUUCAAUAUGUAGCUCCAUUGUUUUUGAAUCUGGAGAAAAAUGUAUUGGUAUUAAUUCUAGAUGUUUGAAUGAAAAAAAUUACGAUCUUUUUUGUUAAUUAUCAGAUUGUUCAAAUAAACAUUGCAAAAAAACAAAUAUUUGUGAAGCUAAAAAAUGUUCAGAUUUAACUGAUUGUACUUAAUUAGGAAAUAAAUGUGUAAUGUCAGGAGAUUAAUGUGUAGAUAAUAUAAGUUGUUAAUAAUUAAGCUCAGCUUAAUGUGCUCAAGUUUAAUUAUAUAACUCUUAAAAAUGUAUGAUUUAAUAAUAGAAUAUUUAUCAGGAUGAAUUAAUUUGUACAUCUUAAGUAUGUGCUCUUUAUGGAUCUUCUAUCCUCUGUACUGGAAAUCAAUUUAAUAAUUUUACUUGUUUAUUAAAAGAUUCUUAAUGUUUACCAUGUGAAUUUAUUAAAGAUCCUUGUACGUGUUCAUAAGCAACUAAUAUUUGCUCUUGGGUAAAAGACUCCUGCAUUUCUAUAUCUUGCUCUUCUUUUUCAACAAUUGAAACUUGUAAUGAAAUCACUAGAUGUUCUUGGAGUACCUAUUAUGAUAGUUGUCAACUAAACUGUCAUUUAAUAAUAUCUUAAAUAGAUUGUAAUGUUAGAUAAAAUGAAUGCUAUUAUGAUUUAGCAAAUAAUCUUUGCCAAAUUGGAACUUAUCAAUCACCAGAUUUAAGUGUUAAAGUUAACCUAGUCACAUCAACUGAAUUAAUAAUUGUUGCAGAAAUGUUGAUGCUAUAUUUUAUUUGA